GCCUCGCCUUCAGUCCGUCGCGUCGUUCGCCGCACGCACACGCAUCACAAACUAACCGGCCAGCACACGCAACCGUGUGCAACAAACCGCCCAGCACACAACCGCGCCGCACACAAACCGCAGCAUGCCCGCACGCCGAGCUUUGCGCUUGUUGCGUCCGUUGUUCACACAGUCCCGUCUAUGCCACUCGUGCCAACCCCCCGGCGGCGCGCCGCCGUGCCCGCCGUGCGAGGCGGCGCCGCCGCCGCCGUGCCGCGCGCCCGCCGCCGUCGCGGUGCCCGGGCGGCGCGUGGUCUGCUGCCCGCCGCCGCAGGGCAAGCGCCCGCCGUGCCCGGAAAAGGAGCCUAUCUGUUCGCUCACUUGUGAACAUCAAUUGCCGCAGGAACCUCCAACAAAGUCAACAGGGCCUAGAAAGCUAUGCGGCGCGCAACGCGACGUGGUGGCAGAGCGCAUCCGCUGCUACGAGGAACACCAUCGGCGCGAAUACGAGAACGCCGUAAAAGAGCGCAUGGCGCGCCCAAGGACCCCGCCGCAGCCGUUAAAAUGCCCGCAUCCACCAGAGAAACCCCUCGAACUUGCCACCGACGGACGAAUGUAUGCUGUCGCAUCAGACGGGCCUGUACCGCGAUGUUCUCCAACUCCAGUAAAAUCUUCUCCUAACUGUCCAACCAGCCGUCCGCCGCAUCCUCCUCCACAGCCAGUAACUUUAGAGCCUCUUGGAGAUUGUCGCCCAAAAGAACGCCAAGUCGUCGACCCCUGCGCGCACACACCACGCACGAUUCUCUCCAUCGAUCGGGGCGAUCCGAAACCUCAACCUCAAAUACAAAGUAUUAGUCAAACCAAAUCGAAAGAUCCUAAACCAUGCCAUGAGAAUCCUAAGAACCAAACUGAAAGUAGCUACAAAGGCAUCACGUCGCGCAUUAUGGAUUCUUUAAGAAGUAGCCGAACGAGUCCAAGUAAGCCGAAGCCCGAAUGGUGCAGCAAACCACCGGCGUUGGCAGCGGCGCCAAAGCGGUGCCGUCAGCCUACACUCACUGAGCGAAUGCGCCGAGGUUCCCCUUCACGUAAUAAACGGCAACUGCAUACUUCAGUCACUAAUUUGGCAGAUAAAGAGGCUCCAAAAGCAUCAGGACGUGAAGCGGCGUUAGCCGCAUCUAAAAAACUGGCAGCUGCGUUAAGCGAGCGGGAUUCUCUAAAAGAGGCAGGUCGCGGUCGCGCCGUACGCGCGCCUUCGUGCGCGCCGCCGACGCCGCCGCCGCCGCCGCGCCCGACCGGCGGAGCUAUGGAGUUCAGCGUCCCCGCCGACGCCGAUACCGUCUGCGUACGUGUAUCUAUGGGCAAACGUCCCAUCCCUCAAGGUCAACCAGGUACACCAACACCAAAACCUCACCCGGGUCCAUCCAAGCCUUCCCCGCCGCCUCCGAGCUCCGGCAUCCCCUGUCCCCCGCAAUCUGCAAGCGAUUCCUGGCUUUCCAUCAAAAAACUUCAGCAGAAGAUCUCGAGCUGCGGCCGCGAUGCCCCCGCUUCCCCUAAACCAUCCGCCCCGCCGCGUCCACUGCCCCCGUGCUCCCCUCAAGGCCGCGCUAAGAUGAUAGACGUGCUUCCUCAUACUAUUUUCAUUAAAUAAAUAGGUGCAUUAUUGUGUGCGUGUGUUAAUAAAUUCUUGCGUGUAUGUAACGAUA